CCACAGAUACACAGCCAGACAAAUAUCUCCUCAGUAAAAGACAAUUCUACCAUAGUAGCCGGUGGAUAAACAACCACCCAGGGUAUAUUAUAGCCAUAGACAGAGCUCCAAAGCCAUUCAGAUCCAUCUGCUUCGUCUUCUUUCCUUAGACUCUCUAGCACAGCUACAAGAUUUCCUUAUAGGAGAACAAACAGAACAACGAAAAUGGCAGUGUUAACAGCGGCAUCAACAACAUGGUUUUCCUCUACAACCCAGCAGCCUGUUCAGUUCAACAACGUUGACGGUUCAAUUUUCACUCGCAACUUCAAGGCAAAUUUCCCACAAAAAAGAGCAAUUACCAUGUCUACGGGUCUCACUGUCAAGGCUUCCUUUACCAAGGGAGGUCCUGGCGUCUUGGAACGCCCCACUUUUGAUCAAUCCCAGUUCGACCCUUCUUCUCAAGUUCUCGAAGGAGGGGAUAUCGGACGACUAAGGGAUAAGAGAGGUGUUGGGAGUGGAGAUAGUUAUAGAGUCUUGCUAAUUGAUGAUAGCCGCCAUUCUGAAAGCUUAGUUGCAAAGGUAUUACCUCGAGCUGUGCCAUCAGUCACACCUGAGGAUGCUAGAAAACUAUUUCACGAGUCACGCGAAAAUGGUGUAGCGGUCGUUAUCGUCACAGUUAAGGAACAUGCUGAGUUUUAUUCCCAGAUGAUGAUACGUGGUGGAUUACGAUCAGUGAUUGAGCCAGAUUCGAGUAAUGUGUAAAGCUGUCAGUUAUAAAGCAGUGGAUGCGAAAUGAAAGUUAAGGUCAAGGCAAUUUUGAAAUUUACGAAGUUUUUUCUUUUUGAGAAGAAAGGAGAGGAGAUUUGGCAUUUCAGACACAGGAUCAGUAUUUUUAUGUUGCUGAUAUUGAAUAUAGAAUAUGCUUUGUGGCUGCAGAAUAUGUACCGGUAGUUCUUUAGAAGAGCUUAAUUAUACACUGUCUUCAAAACUUGAACCGAUAGUUCUUUAGAAUAUGCUUUGUGGCUGUAGAAUAUGUACUGGUAGUUAAAUUACUAGUAUGAUGACUUCUGCAGUGCGAUUCAUCACCA